GCUGAUUGAUGGUGGAUUUAAUUCUAUUUAUUGUCCCAGUCCCGAACGGAAUACCAUAAUCCGCAGUCUUGACUCCAACGACUAUUGCUACCACACGCUGCCCCAAUAUGAUGACCUCCAACGAACAACAAUCCAAUCUCCCCUACCAUGGCUCCUGCCACUGCGGGUUUAUCCGGUACAUCGCCGUCAUUCCGAUGCCACCAGCAGUAGCCCUCGGAUCAGACGCGGUCGAGGGUCCUCGUCUCCGAUUCUACAAGUGCAAUUGCACAACCUGUCAAAAAAUGGGAUUAUUCCACAUGCGACUUCCAGACGCGCCGAACCAAUUCUUUCUACUCUCCCCGCUGGAUCACGAUACUCUGGCUAAUUAUAAAUGCCAGAAUGGUCACAUCAACUGGUUCUUUUGUCCGACGUGCGGCGUACGAUGUUUCGCGACCGUACCUCACUGGAAACAAGACCAGAUCGAUAUCGAAAAGAUUUCGGCGGCGGUUCCCAGUCAUGACGACAAGCCCGAUCUCCCGGGUAUAGAGGAAUCGUCAAAGACGAUCACCGUUUGGCGAAUGGAUCCUGAUACCUUCAAGGAGGAUGUGACUGGGUAUCUAUCAAUCAAUGCCCUUACCAUCGAUCAAGACCAGGCUCAUGGAGCAAAUCUUGAUCUGCGCCAGCUUGUGGACAAUAAAUGGGUCGAGUAUUCGGACUGGAAUACUAAAAAACAUGCGCCUCGAUAUGAUUAUCCUCAUGACAAAGGGACAUGGUAGAGGUUCUGGCUAGCAUGUAUGUCCUAUUUGGAUUACAAACUUGAGUCCAGAUCGAGUAUCGCCUUUCAGGACAAUGCACGACUGGUACUCAGAUCUAUCGAAGUUUGCUGGGUUCCAUUCUGGUGUACGGGGGAGGUGGAGUAUUAGCGUGUAUCAAUUAUCGGCUGAAUUCGAUAUCGAGGUAUUAUUUGGGAGGACUGGUGACGAUACAUAACAAAAUUGUUGAUCUAUUGCUGAAAGAACAAUAAACAAAGUAGCGUAGAUGAAUUACACCGCGGAGUAAACUAUAGUUAUGUAGAAUGAACAUGAAUGAUAAAGCUGAAGCAUAUGGAACUCAAA